UUCAUACUAUUUAUCGCUUGACCGCCGCGAGCGGCGGUAGUCAGUUGUUUCUUAUCAUGGUCAAUUUCAAGUCCAUAAUGUUGUCAACCUUUAUAUCAGUGUUUAUAAUUUUAACCAUUUUGGCGAGUAUAAGUGGAGAUUGGGUGUUUAAUAGCAUAUUAAAUCAUUCUGUUACAUGUGAUCACAACAAAACUCUAAACAGAGAUGUCUCCAGAGUCCAAGUAUACUUCUACGACUUCAAGAACAAUUAUAACAACAGCUAUCCCAUUGACACUGCCGCAGAAGAGCUCACCAAAUCUUAUAAUCUAGACGUUACCAGGAAACUAGUAUUCUUCGUCCCUGGCUUCAAGUCAAACAUAACCAGAAAAACGGAAGAACUCAUCAGACAAACCUUUAAGGAUGUACAAGAUACCUACCUUAUCAUUAUAGAUCAUUCUCCAUACACUUCUCUGGUACACGGCAAAUCAGACAGCUAUAGCUAUGGCAGAGCAGUAUCCCAUGUGUACUAUAUUGGAAAAGCGCUAGGAAAAUUCUUAACUGCUUUGAGAGCCAAAGGAUUUCCAUCUUCGAAAAUUCAUUGCAUCGGCCACAGUUUGGGAAGCCAGAUCUUGGGCAACGCUGGUUAUGAAUUCAAUAUGCUGACUAAAGAAAAGGUUUGGAGAAUAACUGGGAUAGAUCCUGCUGGUCCUUGCUUCUCAAACAGUUUUAUCGAAGAGCAGAUCCGCUCAGGGCUUUCGGAAUACGUGGAGGUAUACCAUUGCAAUGCUGGUGGAUUAGGGACAACGAGUGUCUUAGCUGACGCGGAUUUUUUUCUUAAUAAAGGAUAUAAGCAGCCUGAUUGUAACGAAGGGCUUUUACCGGUGAAAGGAGACUCUGACCAAGCGAAAUGUAGUCAUAAAGCUUGCGUCACGCUCUGGGCUAAGACGGUCCAUCACCCUGGAGCAUAUUUGGCGUGGGCGUGCGAUUCAUAUAAGUCUUUCUCGAAAGGAAAGUGUGCUGGAAAUGAAGUCACUAUUGCUGGAUACUCAAACCCUGGGAACGCCACUGGAGUGUUCUAUGCGUCUACUGAUGGAUAUGGAAUUUAAAAUGUUUAAUGAUAUUAUAUGUCCUGGAAAACCAAUUUGGCAGGAAGAAGGUGGCAAAUAUGAAAAAUAUAGCGUAUGUUUUUGAUAAGAUCACAUAUUCUUGUAGUUAGUACCUAUAGGUAAAUGAAUUAACUUGCAUAUGUUUUAAUAAUAAAAAUUAAUUGAAUAGUUCAGCACGCAGUGUAUCAGUUACUGCGGAGGCGUCACAACUGUUAAACUGUCAACACAUUGCCCCUCGAAAAAAAAAAACUCAAAUUAAUUGCACUUUAGUUAAGGCUAAAUUAAGAACUUAUUUUAAAAUCGCUUUAUGGCAUUAAGAAAUUCCAAAUUGAACCAAAGCUUCGAUUCAAUUUGGGAUUGUAUUAAAAAUGUUGACUGUAUAGGCGUGAAGGUUAGCUCUGACAUUUAAAAUUUCACGCCUUUUUCCACUGACAGAUUGGUUUUCCAGACUUUAGUUAAUUUAUAUCUUGAUUACGUAGACUAAAAUGUACUAGAGACUGACUGUUGAUUUCGCUAUCAACUUGACAUUAAAUUUAAAGCGUGACCAUUUAUGAUCACGAGCCAUGUUGCGGAAUUUCACUGGAACUAAUUUUUUCAUACUAAACUGAACUGUCACCCUAUACAUGAGAAUAACAGCGCCCUCUUGACAAUGAUCAUAGUACCUAUAUAUUACUGGUCAGGCUUUAGAUAGUACCGUAAAA